AGAAUGUGGGCUUUGUCACCGAGCUCCCAGAACAUGUUAAAAUGCAAAUGGUGGCCCUGGGAGGAGUGUGGUUUUUCUCCAUUAGCCUUUUAUUUUAGAACUUUGGAAUAUUCGCCAAGGAAGGGGCCUUGGAGACCGAGCAGGGAGACUCCCUUCGGUUCCAGGUAAUAAUAAUCAGACCUUGCUUUUGUGGCCGGUGCUCCGCGAGACGCACGUUAUGGAUGAUUCUAGAGGAAGCUAGCAGGGACCGAACACCCUCUUGGCCCCAGCUCACUGGGCAAGUACUUCCCAUUCAUUCAUUCCGUUCAUUUUCUCACGCCCAGCACCUGUCACUUGGCGGCAGCAGCAGCCAGGUCUGGGAUUUGGGUUUUGGUUUUGGCAUUAACGAGCCUCGGGCUUUUGAGGUUCCUUUGUUGCCUGUUAGGACGUCAGGCAUGUCCCUGAUCCAAACUCCCCGACCCCUGGAUGUUAUAGAGCUGGCAGUGGCAAACCACAGCCCUUGCGCCAAAGCUGGCUGCUCCUCCUAUUUGAGUAAAUAAAGUUUUAUUGGCACACAGCCCCGCCCACUCAUUCACAUAUUGUCUGUGGCUGUGUUUGCCCUCAGUGGCAGAGCUGGGAAGUUGCAACAGAGACUGCAUAGCCCCCAAAGUAAAACAUAUUUACUCUCAGGCACCUUUCAGAUAGUUUCCUGGCUCUGUUAUAGGAUCGUGGUUACAAGAAGCAGAAGCUUUUGGAGUCAGACAGACCCGGGUUUGGGUUCAGAUCCUGCCCCUGCCUGUGCACUGGGUGUUCACCGCUGUGCAAGCUCUUACCCUCUCUGGUCCUCAGUCUGUGAGUUUGCAUCUCACGGGGUAGCCAUGAAGACUGAAGGAGGAAGUGUCUAGCACGUGGCCAAUGAUCCUUAAAGGCUGACUGGUGCAGUGAUAACAGGAGGGCUUCCUCCAAGUGGCUUCUUUUUAUGUGUUUUACAUUCUGGGCUUCUGUGUAAGAUGGCAGGAAGAAACAGCAUACUAAGGCUUUCAAGAAGGUUGGCAGUGGCCUUGGUGGGUACUCCUGAGGGGCUUGUAGUCUGAUGCAGGGGACGUGGCCUCUUUCUACAAAACUAACCAGCCUGUUAGAUUCAGGGGGCCACAGGGGCUCCCUAGCGGGGAAACAGGAAUGGAGUUUCAAGGACAGGCAAGCUGUGCUGACUGUAUCAGUUACCUACUGCUGCGUAACAAAUCACCCCCAAACUUAGUGGCUUAAAUAUUUAUUAUCUCACAGUUUCUGGGGGUUGGGAAUUCAGGGAUGAUUUAGCUUGGAGGUUCCGUCGCAGAGGGUCUCGUGAGGUUACAGUCAAGCUGUCGGCUGGGUCUGUGGUCUCAUCUGCAGGCUUGCCUGGGCUGGCGGACUCACUUCUUAAGUGGCUCCCUCCCACGGCUGUUGGCUCACCACCUGGGCUUCUCCUCAGGCUGCUUGAGCAUCCUUACAACGUGGUGGCUGGCUUCCCCAGAGCGAGAGCAUGAAGGAAGUGCAGUGUCUUUUAUGACCUCUCCUGAAGUCACACGCCAUCCCUUCCCUCUUUUUCUAGGCAUUAGAAUUCAUCCUCAGUCCAUCCCGUGCUGGAGAGGAGGGGAAUUAGACUCCACCUGUUGGGGACAUACUUGAGAACCACCACCCCAACCCUAGAGUGGUCAUUUAGGAGCACUGUCCCAGUGGGGGUCAGGGAAGGCCACCCCACUGCUCGGCUCCUCAUGUUGGCUAGGGGCUCAGAUACUUGAGCUGAUGCAAUCCAGUCUGGGGCUGUUUGGGGGGGGGAAAAAACGCAGUGAUGGAACAUAGAGACAAAGAUGUGACUACCCAAUUCAGCAGUGCCUGAAGUUGUUGUGUUUUUUUAAAAUUUUAUUUAUUUAUUUAUGGCUGUGUCAGGUCUUCGUUUCUGUCCGAGGGCUUUCUCUAGUUGCGGCGAGCGGGGGCCACUCUUCAUCGCGGUGCGCGGGCCUCUCACUGUCGCGGCCUCUCUUGUUGUGGAGCACAGGCUCCGGACGCGCAGGUUCAGUGGCCAUGGCUCACGGGCCCAGUUGCUCCGCAGCAUGUGGGAUCUUCCCAGACCAGGGCUCGAACCCGUGUCCCCUGCAUUGGCAGGCAGACUCUCAACCACUGUGCCACCAGGGAAGCCCCUGAAGUUGUUUUUUAUUUAAAAUUGAAAGCACCCCUACUUGCUCUGUCCCAGGCAGAAUGCUAGCUUCAAGGGACACGUGGCUGAGUGAGUAGAGGCUGUCCUCCAGCCGCGCACAGUAAAGGGAGACAGAACUAGUCGUUGCCAUACAGUGAGAUGAGCCCUGGAAGACCUCAGACUGAAGGAGCGGGGUCAGAUACCUGGGACAUCUUCCCCCACAGAAGAGCGUACUGUGCUGGCUUUUGCAGGAUGAGUAGGAGGUCACCACCCUACCAAAGCAACGAGGAGCACUCCAGGCAGGCGGGGCGGCCUGUGCAAAGGCACGAAAGGGCUGGGGAGCCCAGGGCAUUUGGGGGACUGUGGGCAUUUCGGGGCGUGUGGGCAGGUGGCAGGGAAUGAAGCUUCAAAACGAGUUUGGGCUAGACCGUGAAGGCUGAAGGCUGGGCUAAGAGGCUGACUCUAAUUUAUGAUCAGCAUUUCCCAAAACGUAUCUCAUGACUCAUGGUCUUGUGAGAUGGUAACAGGUGUCCCUCCAAAAACAGACAUCAAGGUUAUUUAAGUUCAGGAAGCCCGGGUUGAAGCACAGUGAAAGCAGCUUCCUUAGUGCAGGACUUCUCAGAGCCUUUAAUUCUCUAACAUGCAUGGGACGCUCCAAGAGGACAGAGUAGAUGGGAUUCGCAGACUCAUUUGAUCAUGGAGCCCCCUUCCUGAGGGAGUCUGAGGAGGCCAGUGUUGCAGGGGACACACUUUUGGAAAAAUGCUGCCUGUAGCUAGCUGACAAGAGCUGGUGAGAAUUCUGAGCAGCUGCGAGGUACGAUCAGGUUUGUUUCUGAUGCUGUUUGGAGGGCGGGCUGCCGAGGGGUAAGCCAGGGGGCGGAGAGGCUAGCUAGGGGCGUGAGAGGGGGAGAGGAAGGAUGUCCUAGGUAUUAAGGCGGUGGAAUCUGCGGGCUUGGUGGUUGAUUAAACUGGCCGGAGGGUUGGAGGGCAAGGAGGAUAGGAGAACUGUGGCCGAGGCUCUGGUUUCCAGCGCACGGUGACGGCUUUGACUCAGAUGGGGAGAAUAAGGAAGGGGUUUGGCGAGAGUACUUUUAUGUCAGCUGGAGAUGAAAACUGGGCUGGGCUGGAUUACCUGCACUGAGUUUAUGGGAGAGAGAAGAGAAGGAAUUCAACAACUUAGAAGACAUGGACAGAUUCCUUGAUUAAUGCAACGUAGCCAAAUGGACGUAAGAGGAAACAGAAAAUCUGAAUAGCCCCAUCUCUAUUAAAGAAACCAAAGCGCCCAAAGAAAAUUCCAGGCCCAGACAGUUUCUCCGGUGAGUUCAUCACUCUUAAGGAAGAAACAAUACUGAUCUCAUGCAAACUCUCUCAGAAAAUAAUUUGUGGGAGAGGUCACUUCAUACAUGGCUAUGAUUCGGACAGGUCUGGGUUCCGGUUCAAGGCCGGUUGGUUUCAUCCAUUCAGAGCCGUGUUUUGAAUACCUACUGCGUGUCACACACCCAGGUCACAGUAGUGAACAAAGCAAAGCAAACUCACGCCCUCGCCAAGUUGCGCAGGGUCGGACGGGGCAUUUCGCCGUCCUGAGGCGCAGUUUCCUCGCGUGUGGCGUGGGGACACACCGUGCUGGAGAAGGGCGGCCGGCAGGAGUGGGGGGCAGUCCCCGGCAGCCACUGAUGCUUGUCUCUCUGUCGUGUGUGUACGUGUGUGUUCCACGGCCUGCCCUCUCAGGCUUAAAAAUGUGUGUCAGCAGCAGCCACGAUGAGGCCCCCGUCCUGAGCGACAAGCACCUGGAUGUGCCCAACAUCAUCAUCACCCCGCCGACCCCCACGGGCGUGAUCCUGCCGAGGGACUCCCGGAGGGCAGUCUGGCUGGAGGAGUCAGGGUCGGGCCCGGAGGAUGGAGAAGCAGACCCUGAGGCCUGAGGAGAAGGCACGCGUGGGUCGGGGAUUUGCCUGCACUGGAUCCUUCCCUCGCUGCCCUUCGCUUGGCGUGUCCCGGGGUGCCUGGGACAGAUGUGCUGAGAACGCUGGCUGGGAAGACAGAGAGAUUCCGGCACUGGACCAGCAGAGGCGUGGCGAGAGGAGCGAGGAAGCGGCCCUGCCCUCGUCCAGAACGACAUUUCCCAGGCCCCGUUGAGUGGACCGGACCUCUGAUGCCUACAUAUUCUUGCCGACCCCGAGGCACAGUGACGGCCAUCUGGGUACCAGGGACAGGCUUUCUUCUAGACAGACUCCCAGCGGCCUGGGCCAUGCAGACGGGUGCCCAGGAGGUCUGCACAUAUAAGGACUUCUUGCAAAGGGCUGGCUUCAUUUUUUACAAGUUGUCUUACCGACAUUGAAACAGUCCAAAAAGUGAUUUAUAAUUUCUUUUUUGCACUGUAAGUAAAGAUCCCGUGUAACGAGCAGUGGACCCUGCUUCUUGGGCGGGCAGAGAAGGUGGUGCACACCCGGGUACCCAGGUGGGCUCCAGAGAAUCGCUUAUCAUGGAGGGGCUGGUCCGGCUGGUGACGGGUCUUUGGAUGGUCUUGGCCUCUUGAUUUGCAGAGUGCCCUGUGCCGCCUCAUUCUGUGGCCAGCAGCUACUGGAGUGCGUUCUUGUGACAGACGCACAGAGCACAAGCCAGGCCGUGCGAGAGCAUUCUCAGCUUGGGCGUGUGGGCCAAGCAAGUCCCACGGCCAAACCCCACGUGGGUGAGCUGGGCGGUCCCAUGGCACAGGAAGGGAUGGACGUGUCUAUUAAAGGGAGUGAGAGACGGGCUGGGAAUAAUAAUCCAGUCUCCUGGCAUAGACACUAUUAUUAUCCCCAUUUUACAGACGGGGCACUUGAGGAACUUAGAGGCUUAGAUCCCUUGCCCAAGGCCAUCAGAUAGUAAGAAUUUGAACCCAGACCCCAUACUCUUUUCUUUUUUAAUAUAAAUUUAUUUAUUUA